AUGCGCCAUCGCGGUUGCGCCGUCACCCAUGCCGCCUCACUGCGAACACCAACACGAGGCCAAGAGGACCGGGGAGAAGCGCCCCGCGGAGGGAGAAGCAGCACCGAAGCCGAACGGGAGGGAACCACCUCCACCGCCGUCGUGCGGGAGGCCAGAACCUUCGGCACCGUCGCGGUAGCCGUCCGGACGCGGCAGCAGGGCAUGCCAGGCCACCCCUGGCCCGGCCAGGCCCGAAACGGGCCCGCUAAGCCCCGCCGCCACACUGCAGCAAGCUGGCAAUGGUGCCGCCAGCACCCUGCCGCUCAUCGUCUCUCCCCCGCCUCCCGGAAGCCACAAGGCAGACCCGCCCCGCCACCGGCCCGCCCAGGCCCAGAUCUGGGCCGAGCGGACGCCGCCAGGCCGCGCCGCCGCGUCACCCCGCCGCCAACGGCGACGCCGCCGUCCAGAAGUCCGCCCCCGCUCGCGCCGGGAGCCCCCGCCGCCGCGCUGGACCGCCGCCGCCUAGAAGCACCGCCCGGGGUCGCCCCGUCCCGCGCCGGCGGACACCCGAGAGGGGAAAAGCCAGGGGCCGCCGCCACCAGCGUCGCCCGGGCCAAGCCCGCAGCGGGCGUCGGCGACGCCGGCAGAGAGGAAGGUUUCAGCUUCCAGAAGGAUUCACAGCCGCUGCUCCCUCCUCCUGCCGCAGCUUCCACCACCGCUGAUGGCAACUGGGAUGCGCGCUCGGUCGUGAUGCAGGUCUAA